GUGUGUGUUUAUACAUGCAUAAUCGCGCGCGUGUGUACAAAAUUGCAUAUGUGUAAGUAUGCACGCAGAAGUAUGUGUCAGUGUGUGGGUUUGUGUGUGACACAGUGCCCCGGACAGCGUCGCUCCCCUCCUACGCCCAGCAGGAGCACGAGAGCCACACACACGCGGAGACGCUCUCCGGCCGCUGGCAUCUCUCCACUACUGCUCACGGGCCCCUGGGGAAACAGACACGCCUGGGGACAGAGACACACCUGGACAAAGAGACACCUGGAGAUUGCGCCACACUUGGACACACUCACCUGAGUGGAACACACCUGGACACCUCUCACAGAGACAGGGCAGCAAAGGAUUCUGGGGGAUCUGGACUGUCACUAAAACAGAUAAAAACACACAGGAAACUAUUAUUGUCACAAAAAGACACGCUUUCAAACACGGAACCCUCCUGGAAAACAGCUCAUCAACCUGUGAACAGAGAACAAAAGUCAUCCGUAGUCGCUCACAGACCAUAAUAUUUAACAAUUUCCUCUGCGAGUGAAGCUCGGUUCCCGAAGCCUCCUCAUCCUCCGUCGCCAUGGCUUCCACUGGUCUGCAGCUGCUGGGCAUGCUAUUGGCUGUGCUGGGCUGGGUGGGCGGAGCCUUGGUGUGUGCCGCGCCGCAGUGGCGCGUCUCGGCCUUCGUGGGUGGGGAGAUCAUCGUCUCCCAGGUGCUGUGGGAGGGCCUGUGGAUGACCUGCCUGUCCCAGAGCACGGGCCAGAUCCAGUGUAAGACCUACGACUCCACCCUGGCGCUCCCCCUGCCGGCCCAGGCCGCUCGAUGCCUCACCGUGCUCUCCCUGCUCCUCUGCCUCCUGGCCCUCAUCCUGGGCGUGGCGGGGGCCAAGGCCACCUACUGCCUGGGCCACGCGCCCCACAUCCAGGCCUCCAAGGCCCGGCUGGGGUGGGCGGCGGGGGCUCUGUUCGUCCUGGCCGGCCUGGUGUACCUGGUCCCGGUCUGCUGGACGGCGUACUCGGUGGUGAGGGACUUCUACAACCCGGGCGUGGCGGCGGCGCUGAAGAGGGAGCUUGGCCCCGCCCUCUACCUGGGCUGGGGGGCCGGGGUGCUGCUCCUGGUGGGGGGGGCGCUGCUCAGCGCCGGCUCUGCCCCCCCGCCCGCCCCCGGGGGGGGGAGGAGGGGGGUCAUCCCGAAGGGGGCGGGCGGGGGGGCAGCGGCGGUGGAGGUGAAGCAGCCAGAGAAGUCCUUUGUUUGAGAGGUUAGAGGGGAGAGAUAGAGAGACAUAGAGAGAGAGAGAGAGAGAGAGAGAGAGAGGGAGAGAGAGAGAGAGGGAGAGGACGUUUAUGGUGUGGAGACAUGUAGAAAUACAC